GGGCCGGGCCGGGCAGGCGGCGGCGCCGCCAUGAAACGGGACGUGCGGAUCCUCCUGCUCGGGGAGGGUGGGGAAGACGUCCCUGAUCAUGGCUCUGGUGGGAGAGGAGUUUCCUGAAGAGGUGCCCCCCCGGGCAGAGGAGAUCACCAUCCCGGCCGAUGUCACCCCUGAGAAGGUCCCCACACACAUUGUGGACUACUCAGAGUCGGAGCAGACGGAGGAGGAGCUGCAGGAGGAGAUCGCCAAGGCCAACGUGGUCUGCAUGGUGUACGAUGUCACCAAGGAAGCCACCAUUGACAAGAUUCGCACAAAGUGGAUCCCCAUGGUCAACGGGGGACUUGAGAAGGGGUCCAGAACCCCCAUUAUUUUAGUGGGAAACAAGUCUGACCUGCAGGUGGGCAGCUCCAUGGAGGUCAUCCUACCCAUCAUGAACCAGUUCUCGGAGAUUGAGACCUGUGUGGAGUGCUCUGCCAAGAACCUCAAGAACAUCUCUGAGCUCUUCUACUAUGCCCAGAAAGCUGUGCUGCACCCCACUGCCCCGCUGUAUGACCCAGAGGAGAAGCAGCUCAAACCCUCCUGUGCUCGAGCGCUGACCCGCAUCUUCAACCUCUCAGACCAGGACAACAACCAGAUCCUCAGUGAUGAUGAGCUCAACUACUUCCAGAAGUCUUGUUUUGGAAACCCCCUGGCUCCCCAGGCCCUGGAGGAUGUGAAGAUGGUUGUGUGGAAGAACACGACAGACGGGGUGCAGGACAACGGCCUCACCUUGAACGGCUUCCUCUUCCUCAACACCCUCUUCAUCCAGAGGGGCCGGCACGAGACCACCUGGACCAUCCUGCGCCGCUUCGGCUACGACGACGAGCUGGAGCUGACAGAUGAUUACCUGUACCCACAGAUCCGUGUGCCCCCUGGCUGCUCCACAGAGCUCAACCACUUGGGAUACCAGUUCCUGCAGAGGCUCUUUGAGAAGCACGACAAGGACCAGGAUGGAGCCCUGUCGCACACAGAGCUGCAGAACUUCUUCAGCGUGUUCCCCUGCGUGCCCUGGGGCCCCGAGCUCUACAACACGGUAUGCACCACUGAUAAAGGCCUGCUUUCCCUGCAUGGAUUCCUCUGCCAGUGGACGCUCGUGGCUUACCUGGACGUGCGGCACUGCCUGGAGUGCCUGGGCUACCUGGGCUACCCCAUCCUCUCGGAGCAGGACUCCCAGACCCAGGCCCUCACAGUGACCCGGGAGAAGAGGAUUGACCUGGAGAAGGGGCAGACCCAGAGGAAUGUGUUCCUGUGCAAGGUGCUGGGAGCGCGGGGCGCAGGCAAGUCUGCCUUCCUGCAGGCCUUCCUCGGCAGGAGCCUGGCGGCCCAGAAGGAGAAGCCAGGAAAGCCAUCCCUCUACACCAUCAACACAGUGCAGGUCAAUGGCCAGGAGAAGUACCUCAUACUGUCCGAGGUCAGUGCUGACAGCACCUUCUCCAAGCCGUCGGACACCGCCUGCGACGUCGCCUGCUUCAUCUACAGCCUGAGCGACCCCAAAUCCUUCAGCUACUGUGCCAGCAUCUACAAGCAACACUACGUGGACAGCCAGAUCCCCUGUGUGUUCGUGGCCUCCAAGACAGACCUGCCAGAAGCCAGCCAGCAGCCAGGGCUCUUCCCAGCUGAGUUCUGCUACAAGCACUGCCUGCCUCCACCCUUCCCCUUCUCCUGCCACAGCCAGGGACCACCCAGCACUGCUGUCUACACCAAACUGGCCACUGCUGCCACCUUCCCGCACCUGAACGCCGUGGAGCUGGGAGUCGCGUCCUUCUGGCUGCGGGUGGCGCUGGGGGCGGCGGUGACGGCGCUGGUGGGCUUCACCCUGUACCGCCUGCUGGCCAAGAACAAGUGAGAGCCACGCCCCGCUCCGGCCCCGUGACACCAGCUCCGUCCCCAGCGACGCCCGGAGGGGCCCCGCCUCAAGCUGGCCCCGGUAGGAAAUCCUCCUUUGCCCCCAGCCUGGAUUGCAGGAGCAGUGAAGCCAGACCUCGCAGCACCAGCAGGAUCAGCCCUGGCACCGGGCAGCCUCAGCCCGUGGCCUCCUGGCCCCCGUGGGCACAGGGCUGGCAGCUCUGCCAGGAGAGCUCUGCCUCACCAGCGGCUGGAGGAUCACCCUCGUCUUUUAUUCUGUUCAGUUUUUUUUAACGCUUGUUUUUAAGCUCAAACACGAGUGUUUCAGUGUCUGUUGGACUGGGCACAUCCCCUCCCCUGAGGGCUGUGCUGGUGCCCUCAAUUCUGGAGGGCACAGCGCUCCCGGGGCCCCGGGGAGCUCCAGCAGCAGCUGAGCUGUCAGAUGAGCUCACGGCUGCAGCUCCCUGGGGCUCAGCUCCAGAUCCUGUCCCGGUUUCCCUCAGCCAGGGCUGGCACAGGGAGCCAGGGAGGGAGGGCCAGGCACUGACACCCCCAGCCCAGUGUGAGGGAUCAGCCUGGCCCCUCCUGCCAGGCACAGGGGCUGCUCUCCUGGCCUGAGGGGGGACAGUGACCACCAGGGUUUGUCCUGAGCUCCUUUCUGUUGUUUCUACACAACGAUCUUGUGAGUCCUGCAGCGUGCCAGGCUCUGGGUCCAUCCACUCUCCUUUCCUGGCUCCCGUUCGGCCCAUCCCCUCCCCACCCUGGCCACCAGUAUUCAUGGCCAGCAGUGUUUGCAGGGCUCUGGCAGCCCUGGUAAGGACUGGGAGGGCAUUGGGUGCCCGCUGUGUGCCCGGUCUGUCCCUGGCAGUGCCAUCACUGAGCUGGUGCCACGCUGUGCCCUAGGCCCUGUGCCCUGCUGUCCCCUCUGUGGGGCCCUGUCCAGAGCGUGAGGCUCUGGGCAUUGCAUCUCCUGGCACCACUGGAAGCUCCUUCCUGUCCUGUCCCGUCCCCUGCCCACACCUGAGCUGGUUUCAUCUGCUGGGACUGAGCUCAGUCCCUGUGUGCAAGUCCCAAAGAGCCAGGCCAGCACCAUCCCUGGGUUCCUGGGGAGCCUGGAUCAGCCCUGGCUGUGCCAUCAGCCUGGCCAUGUCACCAACCUGGUUGUGCCAUCAGCCUGGCCAUGUCACCAACCUGGUUGUGCCAUCAGCCUGGCCAUGUCACCAACCUGGUUGUGCCACCAACCUGGUCAUGCCAUCAGCCUGGCCGUGUCACCAGCCUGGUCAUGCCAUCAGCCUGGCCAUGUCACCAACCUGGUUGUGCCACCAGCCUGGCCAUGUCACCAACCUGGUCGUGCCACCAGCCUGGCCAUGUCACCAGCCUGGCAGUGUCACCAGCCUGGCGUUCCCCAGCACGCUCAGGGUCAGUCUCCAGGCAGCUGCAGGGGCAGAUCCUAGGGUAGCACCAGAGCUGCUUUUUCUGUGUUUUGUCUAUUUAAAUGUUUUAUGGUGGCCUGGAACCAGCGAGGGGAUGGAGGAAUUGCUGGGCAGCGCCAGUGUCUCUCCUUGGGACAGUCCCAGGGUGCUGUCCCCAUCCUGCUGUCCCCAGCUCUGCGUGUCCCUGCCUGUGCUGGAGCUGCCCUGCCAGUCGGGCACACACUCAGUGCUGGUUCCUGGCACUGCCAGGGCCAAUCCCUCGUGCUCAAUGUCCUCCUCUGUGCCCACCGUGCGUGGCUCUGCCAGCCGGGCCCGUGCCUGCUGUUGGUGUCUCCCUGCUCCACAUCUGCUGGAGCUGUAAUGUUUUAGGUUUGUUCUCUACAGCAAAAUAAAUUUUUACACACCUUGA